AUGUCGUUGAAUCAACUAAGUCCAAUUGCUCAAGCGGAACUUGAGACCGGAACUACUACUAGGCCACCAAAGCUGAAAGGGGCUGAAGACUUCAGCACUUGGAAGACUCGCAUUCAGUCGUUCUUCGAGUACACAGACUACAAUCUGUGGCUCUCUGUUACCGCUGGACCUCACAUUCCAACGGUGGUUCGAGGAGAUGCGGUAGUUGCUAACAAUGAUGCAACCACCUUCACUGAUGAAGACAAGGCUCUAAUCCAACGUGAUCGUCGUGCUCAUGCUGCCUUAACCAUGUCACUGUCAACUGAUGACUGUAACAUGUUUGAAGAACACCGAACUGCAAAUGCACUCUGGAAUGCAUUGAUUGAGUAUUAUGAGGGAAAUGAAGAGCUGAUCGAAAGCAAGAGAGACAUGGUGCAGAAACAAUAUGACAUGUUUUGUGGAGUUCGUGGAGAAAGUCUUUCCGAUCACAUCAGUCGCUUUCUGAAUAUGAUGACCAAAAUGAAGAAGGCGGGAAAUCCUGUCACAAACCGUGCUGCAAUAAAGAAGCUGCUAGAUUCACUCCCCAAGGAAUGGAGUCUUCAAUGCAUGAUGAUCAAGAAGGAUUUCCUCAACAAUCCAAAUCCUGUCACUCUGUCCGACUUGAUUAACACCCUAAGAGCCUUCGAAAUGGAUGUCAACAAACGAGAGAUGAACACUGCUGGUUACCCACCAAAGUCAACUCAAACCUCUGCUGGAUUGAAAAAUGUGGCAUUUCUUGCUUCAGGUGGCAUCACUCCACAAGCUUCUGAUUUAAUCUAUGUCAACGCUUCCGCAAGCGCAUCAAAAGCUCCACAACCUAGUGAGAAGACUAUCACGGUUGGUGAUACACAAGCGUUGAAGGUGUCUACUGAAAACGUGGCACUUUUCAACAUGUUUCUGAGCAGCUAUGAAGCUUUGAUGUCUGGAGAACUGAAGAAGGAGAUGUUCACUGCUGAAGACAUGUAUCAGCGUUUGGGUCUUGGAAAAGCUGGUUUUGAUAAAUCCAAACUAAGAUGCCACAACUGUAAGAAUCUAGGCCAUUUCAAGCGUGACUGCCCCUUGUUGAAAGAAGGAAACAUUGAAUCAACCCAUGCUGUAAAACAAAUCACCGUUGAAGAAAAUAAGAACAACGCGUCUCCUAGCAUGCCAAAAGCUUUAGUCGUCGAAGACUAUGAUUGGAGUGAAGAAAUUGCUGAAGCUAAGGAGCAAGUCAACAAAGCUCUCAUGGCAAAGAUUUCGAGCGAGUCCUCAUCGAAGCAGUUCGAGAAACAGCCAGCUGGAAUUCCAAAAGGAGACAAUACGGCUGACAAAGGUCUGAAAAGCAUUCUCACCUCCAUGGAGCCUGAGAAAGAAAAGGAGUCUGGAGAAGCAAAGGAGCAUGUGUCUGAAGAGGCAUCUGAUCAGAAGAAGGGAAAAGAAAAGGUCCCAGUUGCAGCUAUGAAAACAGAAUCUUCAAAAGAAAAAGCUGACAAAGACUUGAAUAAACUCCAGAAAUGGCUUCGUAUGCUCAUGGAGUACAUCUGGCAUGUCGACAGCGGAUGCUCAAGACACAUGACUGGAUUGAAGGAACUUCUGAAGAAAUUUCGCUUCAUCGAUGGUGAUUUCGUGUCUUUCGGUGGAGACGAGAAAGGAGGGAAUAUCGUUGGAGUAAGAGAUGUGGUGUCUGAAGCCCUCACGUUGGAAAAUGUCAACUAUGUUCCAGAUUUGUGCUACAAUCUCAUGAGUGUAUCACAAGUCUGUGAUAAAGGAAUAUUGGUGCUUUUAAAUGACAUGGAAUGCUUGUUUCUCAAGCCUGGAUAUGUCGUUCCUGCAGAAAUGAUCAUGCUCACUGCUCCAAGACAAAACAAUACAUACGUGCUCAACAUGAAAAAUGCCAAGACAAAUGACAACUUGACGUGCUUGAUUUCAAAGGCUUCAGAAUCGGAGUCACUGCUUUGGCACAGGCGAUUGGGGCAUGGAAAGCAACACAAGAAGUCGCACAAGUCCAAUGCAGUGAAUACGAUUACUGCACCACUUCAGUUGAUACAUAUGGAUCUUUUUGGUCCAGUUAGCGUUAAAAGUCUUGCUAAAAAGUUCCUAUUGUUUGGUGAUUACAGAUGA